AUGCACACACUAGCUCUCCUCCCUGUCCUCUUUGGCCUGCCAUGCAUGGGCACGCUCGUCAACAGACAAUUUCCUCACCUGAUUAUACCGGUCGACGCCAACGCUCCGGACGUAGCGCCAGGCACUCGACUGAGUGGCGCCAUCUCCCAACAAAAAUACACCGAGAUCUCCUUCGACGUCCCUUCCAACGACGCCGAAUGGUGCCAGCUGCAAUUCUACCUCAACACCAACUCCUCCAAAGGCGCGCCCUGGACGCUCUCAGGCCAGGCGCCCUACCAAUUCAACGUCUCCUCGCUCCCGCCCACAAUAAACAAGGACAAGGAUACGUGGAACAGCAGGCCGCAGCCCAUCAAGACGGUCGCCACGGUCACGCUUACUCCUGCCGGGAAGGCUACGGUUGGCGGAGGCGCUGUUCAUCCCUGUCCCAAGGGCCAGGUUGCGCAGUUCUUGUUGCACCCGGCGAGUGACGACAGGGAUUUUGAUUUUACGUGGUUCGAGCUGGAUUAUCCGUCCGCUGAGGGAGGGCCGCAUGGGAUUGUGUUUGAUAUGUUGAAGUAG